ACCGACACAAUCGAACUGAGCUAUUAAACGCAAAAUCCCUCAACAACAUAAGAGUGUGUUAUAAAAUUGCAAUUCCCCGGAAAUACGUUUAAAUCGUCAUCAUCGGGUGUGUGUUUUUUUGGUUGUUGUUUCCUUUGGUGCACUUAACGAUUUAUCAACAAGCAUAUGAACUACGACGGCGACGACGACGACGGCAACGAAAAAGAAAUAAACUGUAGAAAAACCGAAAAAUAGUCACCGUCUAUUUCAUCGACAACGAAGAAAGAAGAGAGACACCACACAAAAUAGCAAACGCAACGUGUUCGAACAACAACAUCAACCCAUAUCAACAACAGAGCCCCGAUACUCCCGAGGAGCUGCUGAACGACCAGAUCCGUAAAAACGGAGCAAAAGAAUUUAUUCAGAAAUCGAAAAAAAAACAGAAGCAUACACACAACGAAGGGAAAAUUGAACGAAAGCAAAAUGGGAAGCGGCGAAGGACAAACGUUUUGCUUGCGGUGGAAUAACCACAAAUCCAAUUUGGUGGAAAUUUUGGAUGGACUAUUUCAAAAGAAAAGCUAUGUCGACUGCACACUUCAUGUGGAUGACAUGAAAUUUUUUGUACAUCGUGUCGUACUAGCCGCCAAUUCAUCAUAUUUCCAAACAAUAUUGCAAGAUGUGCCCAUGGACCAUUGCACCAUUCUGUUUCCGGGUGUACAAGGAUAUGAAAUGCAAUCGCUACUCGAUUAUAUGUACACUGGCGAAGUGAAUGUCACACAAUCGCAUAUUCCACGAUUCAUACAAAUUGCCGAGCAGUUGGAAGUGAAGGGUUUGUUUGAUAUGACCGAUUUGAAGGACAGAUUUGAUAAAAAUAAGGUCGACGAACCACCAUUUCCGUACAAAGCAGCACCGGCGAACAUAUUUUUACCAAUUAAUUUAGCAACUGGAUCACCAUUCCGAAAUGCCGUAACCGCUGCUGCAUUGGGAUCUGCUUAUGAAUCUGGCGCUGAUAUGAACCCGCUGAAACGUAAAAAGCUAUACAAUAGCAUGCUCGGUAUGUCUCGCGAUACAUCAAUAUUGCGAAAUGUCUUGGCUCAACCAAGCCCAGUCGACUCAUCACAACAUCCUUCAUUACCAGGCACUGAACGUGAACGCAGCGAUCGCAGCGACCGCAGUGACCGAAGCGACCGAAGUGAUCGACACAGCACAUACUCAAAUGGAACUGACUACACUGAAAAGAAACCAAAAUAUGGAGAGCCACAUUCGCCGUACACCGAAAAGUUCGAAGAAGAUGAAAAUGGCCACAAUCUAAGCGGAAAUGCUGGAAACUAUUCACAAGGUCAAUCGAAUCAAAAGCCAGAAUGGAAACGUUAUAAGCAAUAUACGCGUCAGGAUUUGAACAAUGCCAUUUCAGCGGUGAAAACCGGCAUGAGUGCAUUGCAAGCAUCACGUCUAUACAAAGUACCAUCGCGAACAUUGUACGAUAAAGUGAAGAAAAUGGGAAUUGCCGGCGCUCGACCAAUGAACCGAUCAUCGAUUAAACGUAGUCCAAGCAAUGGCGGUAGCCCAGCCUCAUUCCCAUACGGUAUCAGUGGAACCAGAAGCCCAAUUGCUCAUCAACUAGAAGGUCAAUCACACUCACAAUCGAUGAAUGACGGUGAAAAUGGGGCGGAUAUGGAGCAACGCGAACGUGAUCUUUUGCCGAAUUUACAUGGAAUGUUCGAUCCAAGCCUAUUGCUCAAGGCCAUUCAAGAGCGUGGAGGCGGUGAUCUUGCCAAGAGUGUUGCCAGUCUUGCCGCCGCCAAUGGGCUGAAGAACAUGGGCCGAACAAUGUCACAAUCACCACCACCAGUCUAUGAAGGAUCAUCAACUGCCGCACCAAACUCACCGCCACGAUCAAUGCACGAAGACGAAGAUGAUGACGAAGAAGAUCGAAGCAUUCGAGAAGAAAGUGAGCAACUCUUAUCUCAUCAGCAAUCAAAUGUGGACGAUGACGGUGACGGUGACGAUAAUCAAGUGGAAGACCUGUCAAUGUCACGAAAAAGUGAAAAAUUGAGUCCACCGCCAUCGCCUGUGUCUGUUGCAUCGGUGCCGAACUCGGAUGCAGCUGUGCCAGCUCAACCCGGUGUCAUUGUACCGCCGCAAAAGUAAAACGAACCCGAACCAACGAACAACAACCGACAAUUGGCUGCGAACUGACAUUUUUUAGCCAAAAAACUCAAUGUCGCCAGUGUAGGUUAUAAAUGACCGAUAAAUUUAUUUUACUAAAAACAAAUUGUAGUUAAGUCAAUCGAAAUCAAAUGUUCGAAUGACUUGGAAAUAAAAUUUAAACAGAAAAGCGGAAGAGCGCCCAACCGAUUUCAAAAGGUUCAAAGAGAUGAUUUUUUCUAAACCGGCGAAAAGUUCUUAAACUGAUUCAAAGUUCCUGUAAAAUCCGUUCUUCAUUUUUAAUGAUUCUCAUUUAAGAUGUGUUGCUUCACAUGCAAUUGUUUUUUUUUUUUUUUUAAUUCGGUUCUGGCUGCAGAGAUGCAACACGCAAUUGAUGCCAUAUAUAUUUUCGAUUUGCGUGCGGCCAUGGACAUGAAAAACGGAGUAUUAUUUUAACGAAAACAGAAAAAAAAAUUAGCAAAAUGAAAUUAAUGACAGAUAAGAAUGAAAUCAAUUGAAUUUAGAUCGUAAGAAUCAUAGAAGCAUAAGCAUUUAAGGAAUUUUUUUUCUUUUCAUUCAAAACCAUUUUUUUUUUCUUUGUUAAGUUCAAGUGAAAGUAUUUUAAGGAUAAUUUAUUAGUUUGUAGUUGAAACAUCAUUCGAUUUUUGAAAUAAAUCCACACAUUAAAAAAAGCAUUACAAAAAAAAAAGAACAUAUUUUUGAACAAAAAUAAAUUCAACAGUGGGAUCAAUUUUCAUAGAAAUGCAAAUAAAAAACGAACAGAUUAGGUUCAAUAUAUAUGAAACUCAACUAAAAAAAACAAACAAAAUCAAUUCUUA